AGUGUAGAUCGAAUCGUUCUGCAGAUGACAGCAUAGCUGUCGAAAAUACCUAUUUAAAGGUAAAUUAAAGUAAAAAGUAUAAAAGUGUUUCGUGUCUACACUCGUUUAAUUAGUUAAUUAUAAUACUUUUUACGUGCCGAUAAAACUAGCUAGCCGCCCUUUAGUAUAAUUGUUCUUCACUCUUUCACAUACUCUCUUCUCAGAGAAAGUUCUUUCUCUUGCUUAUCGAAGCUGAGCUGAUUGUAUCAAGCUGGAGAAGAAAAAAACUCUUUUCACUUUGUAACAAUUUGUUUAAGUAAAAGGACUUAUUUCUGUAAAGCUGUGCUUUGACAUUCUGUGGAAUUUUUAACCUUUAAUUUAGACAAAUAAAAAACUAAACGACUUUUAAAAAGUUCAUUCAUAACACAAGUUAAUUAACUAAUAACAUCAAAAUGAAAAUUCCAACUACCAAAGCUCCAAUCUUCAAGCCCGUCGAGUAUGUGAUUUUCGACAUGGAUGGCUUGCUUUUAGAUACCGAAACGAUUUACGAAGGAUGCGUUGAAAAGAUUUUAAAAACUUACAACGCUAAGAUGUCAUGGGAUGUGAGAAUGAAAAUUCUUGGUGUGACUGAAGGGUACAUGUCAAGAACUAUUGUGGAAGAUCUGAAUCUUCCUUGCACUGUCGCAGAGUUUGGCGUUGAAUUGCGAAAGUUGCUGGUUGAAAGCCUCGAGCAUGUUCAAUUGAUGCCAGGCGCUGAACGUUUAAUUCGUCACUUCUAUACCAACAACGUUCCUUUCUGCUUGGGCACUUCAAGUUCAAAUGAGACUGUUAAAGUUAAGAUAACUCAUCACCAAGAAUUGUUCAGCUUAUUCCAUCACAAGGUCAUGGGUUCGAGUGAUCCUGAAGUUAAGGAAGGCAAACCAGCACCAGAUAUUUUCCUUGUUGCUGCUAAGCGUUUUCCAGAGAAUCCAGCUCCAGAAAAGUGCUUAGUUUUUGAAGAUUCUCCGAACGGAUGCAAAGCUGCAAGAGCUGCGGGAAUGCAAGUUGUUAUGGUUCCGGAUUCUCACAUUUCAGAUAAGCAGAAGGAACAUGCCACUCUUGUGUUAAAAUAUGUCAUAUUCGACAUGGAUGGUUUAUUGCUUGACACAGAAACACUCACGAUUAUUCAGAAAGUUCUCGAUAAAUAUAAGCCAGGUGCGGUGUUUACUUGGAAUGUCAAAGAAACUAUUCUAGGACUUCAGAAUGAUGAUGUUGCAAAGAAAAUUGUGUCCCAUUACAAUCUGCCAAUCUCAUGGCAAAAAUUUACUGAAGUUAAGGAAAUUUAUACAAAUGCUUUCAUUGAAAAAGCACGUUUAAUGCCUGGUGCUGAACGUUUGAUUCGUCAUCUUCACAGCAAAAACGUCCCGUUCUGUUUGGCAACUUCUAGUUCAAAAGCUUCAGUAGAACUGAAAACGAGACAAUAUAAAGAGUUGUUCUCUCUUUUUCAUCACAAGGUCAUGGGCCCAAAUGAACCAGAAGUUAAGAAAGGAAAGCCGGCCCCAGAUAUUUUUCUUGUUGCAGCUAAGAAAUUUCAAGCAAAACCUGAGGAAUGCUUGGUGUUUGAAGAUUCUUCCAGUGGUUGUAGAGGAGCAAAAGAAGCUGGCAUGCAAGUUGUCAUGGUGCCAAAUUCAAAUUGCAAGAGGCCAAUGAUAAAUGAAGCUACUCUCGUUAUUAAAUCACUAAAGAACUUUAAACCAGAACAAUUCUGUUUACCACGGUUUGAAGAUUAAUAACGUGCAAUAUACCUAUUUCAGUUUUUUUAAUGCAAGCUAAUUUUUUCAAGAAGAAAAAAGAAAUUUUUAAAUCACGAAAAGAGAUAAGGGAACAAAAUCUGUCACGAAACUUGAUAUAAAAAAUAUUAAUUACAUGUUAAAAAUGGAAUUAUUAUCAAGAAAAUAGUUUGGAAAAGUGGAACAGUUAAAAUUUAAUCAAAAACUUUAAUUAUAAGUUAUCUUAUAGUAUUAUCAUAUUUCCAAGAUAAUUUCUGGUUCAUUACAAAUAAAUAUUUACUUAACAAUAUCUGUC